UGGAUACCACACCUGGCCGACACCUGCCAGUUGAAACGGUGAUGAUGACAUCGACCCUCUGUACCUGCACAUGGCUACUGCUACCCUGCUGUGUUCUCAUCACUCUCUCUACCGGUGAACAUGAUUUUUAUCAAGAUGAUAUUCCUGAAUCUUCGAACAUUCCGCUUAAGCAAUUUUUGAUUAAAUAUUUCGAGGGACAAAGAAUGCAUUAUCCUUCAUUGUUUGCGAGCCAAGUUUACAAGAAACAUCAUUUGGAUUUGUAUCGCCAAAAAAAGGAACUUUUGAAAGCUUUGAUCAAUAAAAGAAAUUUGGCCGAAAUUUUAAGAAAAGAGAAACCAAAAGAAUGGAAUUAUCGGCAAAUAAAAUACAACGAGCCGAUCAACGAAUUAGCGCAAGAGAGGGAACAUUAUUUUCCACUUUAUGAAAUGUUGAAUCCAUUUCAAAGUUCUUUGAAAUAUGUGAACUUUAAGAUGCCUUAUUUUCCCCAUGAAACGAAUGAUGAUGAGGAUAUAAAUUUUCAAGAUGAUGAUGAAGAUGGAUAUGAUCAAAACUUCGACAGAGGAAUGAAGGAAGAACCAUUGUUUGGACUCCACAGAAGUUACAGUAGUUCAAUUAACGAGGACGGCAAAACUGAUGUACAAAAACCGCAAGCGACCAUACCGGAAUUCACUUUUAAAUUCGAGGAUUCGAUUUUACGUGAAAGAUAUCCGUUUGCGGUAAAACCCAACGAUCCUAGAUAUUAUAACAAUGCUCCUUUUUCGUUAGAUGAUAAAAACAAUUCGGAUUUCGAAAAAUCAAUAAAAAAUAAUACAAAGUGGGAACAAGAGAAUAUAAUAACAGUAAAUGGACCCAUCGUACGUGAGGAAAAUCCAAGAAAUAUUGAAUCCAAAUUUAAGGAUACGGAUCCAGUAAUACCUGAAUUGGAACGACGAAAGGAAUACAAUCCAUUGUUUGUACCUGUAAAUCAGGAUUUGAAUAAUGAUAUAUAUUUUAUUGCUAUUGUUGCGGGUUGUAGCGCAGCGGCAAUAUUUAUCUUCGUUUUAAUCGCUUUAACAUGGUGCAGAUUAAAGCGAGGCGCUAAAGCGGCGGCUGACAUAGAAUAUCCAGCUUAUGGUGUAACUGGCCCGAAUAAAGAAAUAUCACCUUCGGGAGACCAAAGACUCGCUCAGUCUGCACAAAUGUAUCAUUUCCAACACCAAAAGCAACAAAUUAUCGCUAUGGAAAAUCGUGUUUCUGCAACCAGAGAUCCAGGUUCAGUAUCUGAAGCAGAAAGCGAGGAAGAAAAUGAAGAAGGGGACUAUACCGUUUACGAAUGUCCAGGGCUAGCUUCUACUGGUGAAAUGGAAGUUAAGAAUCCAUUAUUCCAUGAUGAUCCAACACCAGCAACACCAGCACAAAAUAAAGAAGAGGACCACAUAUAGUUUGAAUAAAAUAUAUUAAAUAUAUUUAAUCUGAAUAUUUUUUCUGGUGCUUAGCUCACUGUUAAUGUACCAUAUCGGAAACAUUUAUCUAUAUAUCGGAUGUAAACAACUUUAAUAUUUAUAUGACGCGGGAAGUCAAAAUAGAAAAUUAACUAAAGGUCUGAAUAUAAGACCAUUUUUGCGUUUCGUGCAAGAGAUAUACAAUAUGAAACGAUGAAUAUUCUACAUCGUUACAAACUAUCGUGUUUGUUUGAAAACACAUAUUUUUUAACUCCAUGAUGUACUAUAGUUUGUACUUUCAUAGCAAGUACGGUUAGCUAUAUUGAUUGACAUUAUUUUUCUACUCACCGUUACACUUGCAAAAUAGAGUACAGAUUGGAGAUCAUAUUAUACAUACUAUAAUAUCUAAUAUCACUUUAUAUACCUGAUUCUAAUUUUUAAAUCUAGAGAUUAAUAUUUGUUAUGCAUGUUUUCAAUAUUUUUUCUUACUAUAUAUCAAUAACUGACAUUUACAAUGGAAAAUAAAAUUUGCUGAUAAUGCUGAUAAAUAUCAAAAAUAAAUUUACAUUUUAAAUUAAAAUUUCAAUUCAAAUUUAUGAACUUAUUAUUAUAUAUUAUUAAUAAUUUGUUUGAGAUUGAAUUAUAUAUAAUUUAUGCUGGAAUAUUAUGAAUCUAUGUUAUAAAGUUAGAUAUUAUAUUAAAUUUAAUAUUUUCUUAAAAAAAAAAAGUAUAAAAUUUAAAUAAUAGAAUUAAUUUGAUACAAAGCGAAUUGAGAAUCAUAAUGAUAUAAAUCCAAUUAUUAGAAAAUAAAAUGUUGCUAUAAUUUCACAUUAUUUUAAAUCAUUUUAAUAUACAAACAAUAGAUAUAACUUCAUAAAAUCAAUAAAAAUAAAAAAAUAAUAUCGGAGAAUAAUAAUACAAGUUUCUUUUUUUAAUCUUAUUAGGAUUAAAUUUUUUAGAAGCAAGAAAGAUAUUUUUUUUUAAUUAUUAACAACAAAAAAAUAUCUUCUUUCAAUGUUUUUGUAAAGAAUAUACUAAAAUUUGAGAUUUAUUUUAUCGAAUAUUUUUAUUAUGUAAUUAUUCAAUAAUAAUAACUUAAUGAAAUUCAUAAUAAAUACCAUAUCGCAUAUAUAUAUAUAAAUAUAAAUUUCUUAAAAUAUUUGUAUAUUAUUUAUAUCAUUAUGAUUUGCAAUUUGCUAUAUUAUAAUAGAAAAAUUCAUUUUAUGUAAUCUAUUAUUGAUGUACUUAUACAAGUAAAAUUUUACGUUAAAAAAUCAGCAUGCACAUAUACACAAGCAAAAUUAAUAUAUAAAAAUGAUAAAGGAACUUCCAUUUUGCAUAUGCUGUUGUUUUUAGUAUUACUACUGUGAUUUGUAUUAUCUAAAUGAAAAUUCUGUACAUAUAUUAUAUAUUUGUUACAAAAAUACUGUUCCUUUAAUAUUAGCUAAUUAUACAUGUCAUAUAAUUUAUUGGCUUGAUGCAAGAAUAUGUAUUUUAUUUUUCUAUGAUAUCUAUAACUAUUAAUCUUGAAACAUUUUCAAGAUAAAAGAGCCUAUAUCAUACCCAAUAUGAGAUAUAGAAAUGAUUAUUUAUUUUGACAAAUUUAAGCACUAUAUGUAAUUAGCGCCGACUGUGUAAUUUACUCAGAGUUACUAUUUACAUUGUCAAAUAUCUGUGGAAAAUAUUAUAUUAUAUGAUAUAUAACAAGACGAAACAGUAAUCUCCUAAAGAUUUGUCUAUUUAAUAAUAAUCGAUCGUAGAUCGAGAAUUAAAACACAACAGCAUGAAUUUAUUGUUAGCCUUUCAAUGCCUUUACAGCACUGCAUCGUCGAUUAUAUAAAUUCGUCAAAUUUUAUAGAAAAGGAUAUUAUAUGAAAGGACAAUCUGUGUACAAAUAGACUAUUGUAUAGUGAUUUGUAGCAUGAUUGUAUGUGUUGUGAACUGUAGCAUAGAUGCAAUGGGAACGUUGCAAUUCAUGUUUGCGAUAUGUUUCGUAUAGAUAUAUAUCGUUAUCAUUAUUAUUUUCGUUCUUCCAUUAAUUAAAAAAAAUGGUGUAAAAUACAAAUAAAUGAUGUAUUAUUAUUUUACUAAAUAAAUUGUUUAUUUUAUAAAGAA